GAGAGAGAGAGCGAGAGCAGUCAGGGUGUACUGGGAAGGAAAGUCCUGAGCCAGACAUGUUGAGGUGAGGAAGGGAGGACGUCAAAAGGGAGCUUGAGCUUAAAUCAGAGCUCUUGAGGUCAGCGGUGAAGUGAAAGAGAGGCUGAGGGACUAUGACAAAGACGAAAAGUGAACUGGAGGACAGCACCACGCUGAUCACACUGUCCGAGCUCCAUGACCCUAACUACGGAACCAUGGAUGGAGGAUUUUCUCAGAAGGACAGGAACGUGUUUAGUGACGGGGUCACGCGCAUUGAUUUUGUGUUAGUAUGGGAUGAGCCUGUUGAAACAGAGGAUGAAUCAUCCACCCAGUCCACGCAUAGGACCUGGAGGACAGAGUACCUGUCCAGACUACAAAAAGCUGGCCUCCAUCAAGAAACGAAAGAAGUUGUGCAGGGCAAGACAAAGACAAUGUAUGUGCUCUUGAACGCCCCCUGGAGUGUGUUGUGCUAUUAUGCUGAGGAGAUUGGUCUUCGGGUUCCACUGCAGGUUGAGACUACCCAAGAAACCAACUGGUCAGAGGAUGUCCUGCAGUAUUUACACAUCAAGAACAUCCUGGCCCAGCAAGUGCCCAACCCUCCACCAGACUACUAUACCUGUCAGUUCCGCACCAACAAGCUGAAGAGGUUUCUUGGCCAUGAAAAUAAGGACACGUUUUUCAAGACCACACAGAGACAUCAAAUUCUGUAUGAGAUAUUAUCUAGGACGCCAUAUGGUGCAUUGAAGAGGGGAGAGGUUGGAAUAGCACGGCUGGUCAGUGAAAAGAUAUUUACUGCUGCUUAUCCCUUACAUGAGGGUCCAUAUCAAAUGCCCAGAGCUCCAGCUGAUCCUGAAUCUUUGAGCAUGAGGCAGAUCCUGUAUCAAUACUGGGCACGUUGGGCCUGCUGGAAAAAGUACCAGCCUCUGGACCACAUUCGUGAAUACUUCGGCGAGAAGGUGGCGCUCUACUUCGCCUGGCUGGGGUUCUACACAGGCUGGUUACUUCCUGCUGCAGUCGUGGGCUUCCUCUUGUCUUUAUUUGGAAUCUGGCUUAUGGUCACUGAUGUCCCAGCGCAUGAGGUUUGCAGCAAUGGCAACAACAUUGUCAUGUGUCCACUCUGCGACAUCUGCAGCUCUUGGAACCUCUCCAGCAUCUGCUACACAUAUAGAGCUGGUAUAUUGUUUGACAAUGGAGGAACAGUCUUCUUCAGUAUUUUUAUGUCUCUAUGGGCGGUCACAUUCCUGGAGUACUGGAAACGCACCUGUGCUGUCCUGUCGCAUCGGUGGGACUGCUCAGAGUUUGAGGAGAGUGAGGAAAGGCCAAGGCCGGAGUUCACUGCCAUGGCACCCACAACAAUUCGCAAUCCUGUGACUGGUGCAGAGGAACCUCAUUUCCCAGAAACCAGCCGCUGUAGACGCAUUGUGACUGGCAACAUGGUCAUCAUUAUCAUGGUUGCUGUCGUUUUGAUAUUUCUAUUAGCGAUCAUCCUCUACCGGAGCAUCCUGAGCAUCAUCAUCUCCAAGUCCCGAAAUGCCUUUUUUAUAUUCUCUGCUGGGAGAAUAGCAAGUCUCACCGGCUCUGUGUUAAACUUGGUGGUGAUCCUACUGCUGUCUAAGGUCUACACAUAUCUAGCCCAUAUCCUGACCCGAUGGGAAAUGCACCGCACUCAGACUAAAUAUGAAGACGCCUUCAUCCUUAAGGUGUUCAUCUUCCAGUUUGUCAACUUCUACUCUUCUCCUGUUUACAUAGCUUUUUUCAAAGGCAGGUUUGUUGGAUACCCUGGAAAUUACAACAUGCUUUUUGGGGUCCGAAAUGAGGAUUGUGGCGCUUCUGGAUGUCUUAUUGAACUUGCUCAAGAGUUAUUGGUCAUCAUGGUAGGCAAACAAAUCAUCAACAAUGUUCAAGAGUUUAUUUUUCCUAAGAUGAAGACAUGGUGGCACAAGCGGAAGUUUAAUCUGGCUCAUAGAGAGAAAGGGGCAAAUGAACAAGAUAACGUGUCACCCUGGGAAACGGACUAUGAGCUGUUAGUAUGUGAAGGCCUGUUUGAUGAAUAUCUGGAAAUGGUCCUGCAGUUUGGUUUCAUUACAAUCUUUGUGGCCGCCUGUCCUCUGGCACCUUUAUUUGCCCUGGUGAACAACUGGGUGGAGGUUCGCCUGGAUGCACAGAAAUUUGUUUGUGAAUACCGCAGGCCUGUGGCGGAACGAGCACAGGACAUUGGAAUUUGGUUUACCAUCCUACAGGUCAUCACUUAUCUGGCUGUGAUCAGCAAUGCUUUCUUGAUUGCUUUCACGUCUGACUUCCUGCCACGCCUUUACUACCGCUACACCACUGAGGGAAGUCUGCGAGGCUAUAUUGAUUUUACUCUUUCUGUAGCCCCCAACAACUUCACCCAGAGUGACAUACAGUGCAGGUAUCGAGGCUUCAGAGAUGAAAAGGGACAUAACACUCCUGAGUACUAUAACCUUCUAGCUAUUCGGCUGGGGUUCGUCAUUAUAUUUGAGCAUGUGGUGUUCCUGAUCAGCCGCAUGAUUGACUGGAUGGUGCCAGACAUUCCGGAGGAUGUGCAGAUAAAGAUAAAGAGAGAACAUUACAUGGCUAAACAAGCUUUGGCUGAAAACCAGUCCUUAGAAGGAGCACUUCUGGAAGAGUCACCAUCGCCAACCUCUGAUCUACGAUACCGAGGAAGAUCAGCUUCACCGCGCAACACUGACUCUCCUCCUCCGAGUUUGACUCCUGUACCUGAGGACAAAGAAAAGCCAGUUUAGAAGAAGCCAAAACUAAAAAUAGGAUCUAAAAACAGGACAUGAACAAGAGGCUCCUCAAAAAAUGGGAGUUAGUUGCAUUAAUUAAGUUAAAAAGUUUGAUGAAAUGUUUUUAGACAUUACAGGAAUCUCAUUUCAUAAGGACAUAUACACAAACAAAAAUUGAAAAGUUUUCGGUAUCCUCCAUUUUUCUCACAGGAAAUAGGUUUUGGGCAGUAGGAUGCUAACAUGCUGAUGUUAUCAAAGGCAUUGUAACAAAAUCUUCCAACUGGAGAAAAACAGUGACAGUAACAGCAGUGCUGAAACAUUUUAUACUGUGUAGAGAAAACAAACGGUUGAAUUAACCGUUCAUAAAUUCCAGUUCCGCCCAAAAGCUCCACACACCCCACUGUAUUCUGGACUCCCUUGUGAGCACCUAGCACUUGAACUUCUCAGGUCAAACCUUCACUCUGACCUCAUGUAUUUGGUUUUAUCAAGGAAAUGGACAGAGAAACGAGGCUGGUGAGAGAAGGGAGGGGUCACUGUGUGCCACAUAAAAUCAAGCAUAGACCAAACAUAAAACUCAAACCAAACACAUAAACCAAGCAAUUAAAUUUGGCUGUUAAAUGAAUGAUGAUCCACUGAUUUCAUAGUGACUAUUAUAUCAGUCAUGUAGUGUUUAAUGCUCCAGUUUUAUGCCAUAUCGCUGGAUUCUUGGAGCACUGCUUAUAUAUGAGCUGCUCCAAUGACUCACUUUUAAACGUUCCAGUUAAAUGUUCAAAACGUUAAAAGUUGCUAAUUUAUGAAUCAUAUUGAUUGCCUAUUGUAACACUUCUAAUUUAACAAUAUUGAAAAUACUCAAACUAUGCAGGGUCCCAAAAUUAUUUAUUUAUGCAUUUUUGUAUGACUUGCUACAUUUAAAGGAUUCCAUCACAUAUCUCUUUUCACCCUUACAGUAAUCAUAGAACCUAAAUAAACACUUAUAGAAAAA